AUGGGUUUAGAAAAGGAAUCCUUUCCACCGUCGUAUGAAACAUCAUCGUCUGCAGCAAGAUAUGUAGAGGAUAAGAAAGAUAGAUUUGAAGAUGCAAAAGAGGCUGAAAUUGAGGCUCUUGGGCCACUAGACGUAAACGGUAGAGUUGCAGAUUGGAAUUUCUUUAUAAUAGGAUACGAAAUUACUACGUUUGUAUCACAAGAUGCCCGAACUAAGUACAAAUCAUUGAAAGAGGUUAAAACUAAGCAUGUUCUUGAUCUUCAGAGGUCGGGGUUUGCUAUACCCUUACUAAGAACUGAUCAUUCUUGGAAGUCUUUGUUUUCGCAUACUCUAUUGAAGAUAUUUAAAUUUGUACCCCCUCCUUUGGACCAAGAUAGAUUAUUCGAUCCCAAGAAGGAUCGGUAUGAAUUUUGCAUAGUCAAGAAAUGGGAAAACUCAAGUUACAACAGAUUUGAGUUUAAUUUUACUCCAAACCCUACAAAGAAAGCGGAUAAUUUUACGCUCUUUAUGAUUUACCAUCGUAGGUAUCCAAUUGCCGAUAUUUCACCUUACAAAGGACGAAGAUACAGAUGGAUAACCCCGAAACUUUGGAGCUUGCAAAUGGAUUGGGCUUACGAGUUGCAUGAAUUGAAUGAAGGUCAGGAUUCUCUUAUAGAUGACUUGCAGCAUGAUGGUAAAGUAUCCAAGAGCAAUCCCCUCCUUGGAUCUGCUUGGAAAAACAGUCUUUUGCCUCAGGUCAGAGACAAUUCUCGGUUCAGAGGGAGAGAGCAUGGAGUCGUUGUGUAUCAUGAGAAGUUAUACAAGGUAUCUCCAGUUAGGUUUGGCUAUCUGGAACCUGUUUCAGCUAAUGUAGGAGAGCAGCGUGAAUUAGAGUCGAUUAAUUCCGUAUCGGACGAAGCAUUGGUUUUCCUUUGUAUGGUUUCGGUAUUGAAGGACGUAGAAGACAAUAGAGCUCUCGCACUAGAUUAA